AUGGCCACCCCCCACCCACUCCCACCCCCGCCCGUCCUCACCUACCCCUCCACCACACCCCCCGAGCUCAUCACCCAAGGCGCCGAGGGCCUCCUGUACCGCACAACCUACCUCCACCCAACCCUCCCCAGCGCCCUCAAGCACCGCCCGUCCAAGCCCUACCGCCACCCGACCCUCGACGCCCGCCUCACCCGCCAGCGCAUCCUCGCCGAGGCCCGCAUCCUCGCCCGGUGCAGGCGCGACGGCGUCGCCGUGCCCGCUGUCUACUGCGUCGACGAGGCCGCAGGCUGGCUCAUGAUGGAGUGGGUCGAGGGCAGGCCGGUGCGGGCGGCCGUGAACGAGUGGCUGGGCGACAAGACGGAGGAAGAGGUGGGGAAUGCGUCGCUGGUGGACCUGAUGAGGAGGGUCGGGGCUGCGGUGGGGAGGCUGCAUGGUGCCGGCGUGGUCCAUGGGGACCUGACCACGAGUAACAUGAUGCUGCGGCCGGCGAGGCCGGCAAUACAGGAUGCGGAGGGCGAGGACGAGGACGGCAAGCUGGACGGCGAGAUUGUGAUCAUCGACUUUGGCCUGGCCAGCCAGGGGACGCACGAGGAGGACAGGGCGGUGGACUUGUAUGUGCUCGAGCGGGCGUUCCUGAGCACACACCCGAGGACGGAGAAGCUGUUUGGCGAGGUGCUAGAGGGGUACCGGCAGACCUUCAAGGCGGCCAGGCAGGUGCUGAAGAAGCUUGAGGAUGUGAGGAUGCGGGGGAGGAAGAGGAGUAUGAUAGGGUGAAAGGGCAUACGGAAGCCAUGCAGAGAUGGUUCGCCUUGCUUGGUGAUUCACUCUAUGAUGUGU